AUGAAGCUGGUGAUGAUGAGGUGUACGGUAGUUAAAGGGCUCAUCGCACUGCUGCUGCCGCUGGCUCGCGCCUGCAUCCACGACCGACUGGACCACCGGGUGGUCGAAAGUCUCCAGCACUACGCCGACAUCCACCCGUUGGAUGUGAACGCGACGAACUUCGAGUCCGCGACGGCCGAGGACGUCUACCAGCCGAUCCGCAUCACGCCGUACUACGACGAAGACACGCUCAACCUCAUCUCUGCGGAGAAGCGAGCGGUCAUCUACAAGGUCAUCCCCGAUGCCAUCGAGCGAUUCCGGAAUGCUCUGAGCGUCGUGCCCGUGCAAGGCAAACUGGCAGCGCAGCACUCGUGCUACUACCAAUGGGAUGCCACGCCUCCAGUCUGCGUCAAUUUUGUCCAAGACGAAGCUUGCUUCGAGAUGCCGAUGCCCGCGGAGCAUUUCGGCGCCACGCGCUACUGCAGCACCUGCCCCAACAUUAAAAAUGGUUGUCUUGGUGGCGAUUGCGCCUAUACGGCCGCUGGAGGCAUGGAGGACACGGACUUCCUGCUCUACGUCCGGUCCAUAACAACCGAUAAUUGCGAGAGCCGCACACUGGCCUACGCCUCGACGUGUCAGCUGGACCAAUUCGACCGCCCCACCUUCGGAAUGGCCAACUUCUGCCCCGAGAUGAUCAGCACGGCGGACGAAGACUACGACGCGCAACUCGCCACCGCCCUGCACGAAAUAACGCACGCGCUCGGGUUCUCCGCCAUCUUGUUUCCGUACAUGCGCUACCCUGACGGAACUCCGCGCACUCCACGUGACGCGAAUGGGAUGCCACCCACGUAUAAGUCAGGAACAUGCCCCGACGGCUCGGAGAUCAGCUACUACGUCGAACCCAGCGCCGACACAGUGCAGUACUCAACCGAGCGAGGCCACUCAGUCGCCAAGAUGGUCACGCCCAAUGUCGCCGCGUUUGUGCAGUCGCACUUCGGUUGCGAGUCACUGAGUGGAGCUGAGAUCGAGCAGCAAGACGGAACUGGUUGCUUGGGUUCCCACUGGGAAGAACGUAUCUUCGAGUCCGAGUACAUGACCCCAGUGAUCAGCUACCGCAACGUCUUCAGUGCACUGACCCUGGCGUACUUCGAAGACUCAGGAUGGUACCGAGCGAAUCUGUCUACAGCCGAGCGACUGCAUUUCGGAGAGAACCGCGGAUGCGCGUUUGCCACGGAAAAGUGCAUCAAUCCAGCGACUGGCGUAUCCAUUGCAAGCGAUCACUUUUGUACCAGCAACACCGCUGAAAGCUGCUCCGUGGACGCGACGUCGCGGUCAGUCUGUUCGAUCAGCUCGGGUGAAACAAUCCCAAGCGAGUAUCGAUACUUUCCAGGCGCCCCGACCAAGGGAGGAGACGUAUAUGCCGACUAUUGUCCGAUCAAUACCGGCUACUCGUACGGAGACUGCAGCGAUGUCAGUAACGUGGAAUUGGCCGAUACUACAGGUAUCAACAUCCUGGGCGAGUCGUACGGCUCCAAUGCCAGGUGUACAGCUAGCACGUUGCGCAGUGACGACGCGAUCGCAUCAGGGUGGAAGAUGCCUCCUAGUCGUCCAACAGGGUGUUAUGCUAUGCGCUGCUACGACGACGGUAGCAGCAACGACCCGAGUCAAAGUAUCAUCGAGGUGACGAUCCCUCGCAGCAACACAAAUGAUGUGGUUCAGGUGAACUGCUCAUUUAAGGGAGAACAGGUAUCGGCGCCGGGCUUCACUGGGUGGUUGACAUGUCCGGAUCCGAAUGUCAUCUGCGACUCGCUUGAAAGCUACGACUUCGUGGACGACUCGGGUACAGGAAGUAGUGGCUCAAGUGCGAGUGCAACAGGUUCAAGCGGCUCAAGUGCAAGCUCGAGCGCAACAGGGUCAAGCACUUAUUCAAGCGGGUCAAGCGGCCAUUCGAGCGGAACGGGGUCAAGCGGCACAGGAUCAAGUGACACCGGUUCAGGCACUGCCAAUUUGCGCACCACUAACGCAGCACACGCGUUACACUCAGGAGCGACUUGGAUUGCGCACCUGCUAGCAUUGACUUUGCUGGUUUGGAUAUUUUAUUAA